AGUCGGAUGCCGCGUCUAGCGUCACUGGAACGCAAUCAACUGGUCAACAACAUCGAAGCAAUAUGCAACGAGCUGUUGUUGACAGGAGUGGACAUAGCACUUCUGGUACUACGGAUGUACCCGGUUCCUAUGUGGUACAAGGCAGGUCUGUCGCUGAUGGUCGAUCUAAUGGUAGUAUUACAGGAUGGAACCUUGCACAAGUACGUGUAAGACCGAUUCUGAAGAAGAAAGCAGUCUCCACUGAAGACAGGGGAGAGUUGCUGAUGCAGAAAUGGCAAGCACAACUAGAAGCUGCCAGUACUUUCAAGGACGAUGACAGCAUGGUCAGCGAUGGAAGCUUGAACAUGCAGAUUUACAAGUCGACCUCAAAGAUGGAUUCAUUGAAGCACUGUUCUCAAUGGACCAAAGACAACAAGAAACCUUCAAAUCUAAUGGAAGUAAGCACUGGGAUAUCGAUCUUGGUGUACAUCUUGAUUCUGGAUCUACGUUCAGCCUACGAAUGA